AACGUUGGUUACUCAAAGACAUGAUCCAGUUGGAAGGGCAUUUCAUUUACAGGAUAACACCACCGAUUGUACUGUACGUAUAUGUCGUAUUUCACAGUUCCUCUAAUCGGACCUUGGAUACCGACACGGUGCUGAUAUUCGAAACAAAUAAAGAUGGUUGAAUUAUUACUGCUUACCACAUCCAAUGCGACGACACUAGAGGCAACAUCCAAAAGAUGUAUUUACUGGAUGCACCACCGAGGUAUCGUAACUGUCGACGAUAUGACAAGAUACAUUCUUUUCUUUCCCUUGGCAAUAGUUGCUGGGGUUGUUGGCCUCCUUGGCAACAGUCUCGCAUACAUUGUCAUCGGGCUAGAGAGACCAUUUACGUCUACAUCGAUGUUACUCCGGGCGCUUGCCCUUGCGGACAAUCUCUCACUAGUUGCAUUCAUAUUCUUGCGGACUCCCGUAACCAUCGUCGACUCCACCGCGGGUAAUUUCGACUUUUAUUUGGAAUUUUUUCAUCUGUCCUUUGGCUAUCUGUGGACCAUACGUUGGCUAUGUAAGACUAUUUCUAUAUACAUGACUGUCGUUGUGGCAGUAGAACGGUAUAUUGCCGUCUGCAAACCGUUUAAAGCAGCGUCCAUUUGUACCUUGAGGAACGCCCGAAUCGCCGUUGCUUUAGUCGUUUUACUAUCUUUAGCCUGCCAGUUUCCGCAAUUCUUUUACAUAACUUACAAGUACACAUAUGAUCCCUGCACCGACCGCAAACGGCCGUACUUGACUUAUAACACAGAACUCAUGAGGAAUCCGAUAUAUAUGAUCGGAUAUAUCUACGUCUUUGACAUGAUUCUGAUGUCCAUUUUCCCGACGUGUGCCCUAACAUUCCUCGCCUAUGCGCUGAUCUCAACGUUAAGACAAGCUGCCCAGAAUAGCCUUUCGUCAGGGGACGGCCCAAGUCGUUCAGACAACACAAAGCCUAUAACCAUCAGAGUAAUAGGCAUAGUUCUCAUCUUUAUCAUACUGGAAACACCGGGGGGACUCGUGCAGAUAGUUUUAAUGCUUUACCAUUUCUUGGAAGUUUUGGGGUAUAUUGACAUCUCUAUCCUUUAUUCUGUUCAGAGUGCAUCUUAUUUUCUCAGUGUUUUGAACAAUGUGGCCAACUUUUACGUCUACUGUCUCACUGGACGACGAUUUAGGAAAUCGUUCAAGCGGAUUUUUUCGGUCCAAAAGUUGCGACAACUAAUGAUAGGGCAGAAAAAGUACUGA